CAUUCGUCUCAACAUUUUGACUCUCUUGAGUAGAGAUCGAUGGCUGAAUUUCUCACUUUUGGUGCUCAAGAAUUGCUGAAGAAAGUGGCUUCCCUGGCCGCUCAAGAGUUCCAUCUUGUAUGGGGAUUCAAUGGAGAAAUAACAAAGCUGCGUGAGUCGGUGCUCAUGCUUGAGGCUGUGCUACGAGAUGCUGAACAUCCGCGACAAGAUCAUGGAGAUGCUGUGAAGCUCUGGGUGAAGAAGCUUGAAGACAUAGCUCAACAUGCCGACGAUGUGUUGGAUGAUUAUGGAUAUGAGCUUCUCUGGCGUAAGGUGCAACUGCGAAAUCAGGUUAAGAAAAAGGUGCAGAACUUUUUUUUCCCUCUCCAAUCCCAUCUUUUUUCGUGUUAAAAUGGCACAUAAAAUUAAGAAGAUCAACACAUCUUUGGAUGAGUUGAAUAAGAAGGCAACUGCUAUUGGCUUAGUUGCUGGACUAUCCUUAGAUGCAACAACUUCCCAUGGUAUAAGCAUUGACAGGGAAACCUACUCUAUCUUAAAACAAGAUGAAAACAAUAUCAUCGGAAGGGACGAUGUUGUGGCAGAUGUAGUUCAAGCCCUGACCAAAUCAAACUACAAUCAGGAAAGUGAUCUCUCGGUUUUGGCCAUUGUGGGUAUGGGAGGGCUUGGAAAGACAACUUUGGCUAAAUCAAUAUAUCAUGAAUCUGAGAUAAGUAAGCAUUUUGAGAAAAAGAUGUGGAUAUGUGUAUCUACCCCUUUUGAAGUCAAUUCAAUUUUGAGAGGGAUCCUGGAUUAUCUUAAACCAGAAAAUGCUGCAGUGAAAGGUAUAGAUGCAAUAUGUAAUAUUCUCCGAGAAGAGUUGAAGGGAAAGAGAUACCUUCUUAUACUUGAUGAUGUAUGGAAUGAUGAUGGUGAAAAAUGGAAUGAUUUGAAAAGUUGUUUGCUAAGAAUUACUGAUGCCCAAGGAAGCAGCAUUGUUGUCACUACUCGCAGUGACAAAGUUGCAAAAACGGUGGAGACCCUUCCUAGGUGUGAUUUGAGAAAACUAUCAGAUGGUGGGUGUUGGCUUAUAUUGAAUAAUAAAGCAGUUCCAGUCGGAAGUGUUCCUAUACUUGAAGAUCAAGAGAUAAUUGGAAGGGAGAUUGCCAAAAAGUGUGGAGGUGUACCAUUAGUGGCAAAGGUAUUAGGAAACAUUAUGUGCUCUAAAACUAGCAAUGAAUGGAGUUCAAUUAUGGAAAGUAAAAUAUGGGAUUUGCCUGAAGAAGAAGAAAGAAUCAUGUCAAUUUUAAAGUUGAGUUUUGAUGAAUUGAAAUUUUCAUUAUUGAAACAAUGUUUUGCAUAUUGCUCGAAAUUCAUCAAAGACUCUGUAAUGGAAAAAGAUGACUUAGUUCAACUUUGGAUGGCUCAAAGAUGGCUUCACCCCACUAAAAGUAAUAUGGAGAUGGUGGAUAGAGGGAAUGAAUAUUUCAACAUUUUAUCAGAAAAAUCCCUUUUUGAAGACGUUGGAGAAGAUUAUGAUGGUAAUAUAACAUGUAAGAUGCACGAUCUUGUGCAUGACCUUGCAGGAAGAGUGUCAAACAUGACAAACUGCCGCUCACUAUUUUCCAAGGGAGAAGCACUUGGGAAGACCUUGCCUAACUUUAGAUCUUUACGUGUGUUAAAUUUAUACAGGGCAGACAUUGACAAGUUGCCGAGUUCAAUUGGAAAGUUGACACACUUGAGGUAUCUGAAUGUUAUGAAAACAAAAGUGAAGGCAUUUCCAAAAUCUAUUGGUGAACUUUAUUACCUUCAGACGUUUAAAAUGCCGUAUCAUGUUGAAGAGUUCCCAAAGAUGAUUUCUAAUAUGAUCAACUUGAGACAUGUUUAUUUUGGUAAACGUGCGAAAGUUCCUGGUGGGAUAUUGAGAAGAUUGACGAAUCUCAGAUCAUUACCUUUUCUGAAGGUGGGUAAGGACGUUGGGCCUAGGAUUGAGGAGCUGGGUGGGUUAAACCAUUUGAGAUACACUUUAUCUAUCUAUAAUCUGGAACAUGUAAGAGAUGGAGAAGAAGCAGUGAAAGCAAAGUUAGGUGAUAAGAAACACAUACGCAAGUUAACUCUCGACUGGAAGCUUGGUAGACCAAGCAACAAUGUUGACAAUGAGGAUGUUGUACUUGAAGGCCUGCGACCGCAUUGUAAUUUGGAAAUUUUGAAGAUCCAGGGGUUUAUGGGUGUUAAGUUUCCAUCAUGGUUAUUGCUUGCCAGCAACUUGAAAGAAAUUGAAUUAGCAGGGUGCAACAAAUGCGAACGAGUCCCAAUACUGGGCCAUCUGCCCAAUCUUAUACAUGUUAAGAUGGAGGACAUGCAGAACCUACGAUGCUUGGGGUCUGAAUUUUAUGGUUACAAUCAGCUUUCCGGUGCAGCAACAAGUGACGAGAGAAAGACUUUGUUUCCUGCUUUGAGAUCAUUACAUAUUGAGAAUGCCGAGAAUCUAAUAGAUUGGAUGGAAGCAGGGGAAGUGAUGCUGACGGCAGAAAAAUUAAGGGGUCUUUCCUUACCUUGA